CACACCCUUUUCACAUUCGCAUUCGCACAAGUUAGCGUCAAGCCGUCAGAGGAGUCCAGCAUGGACCUGGAGGUGCAGAUCGAGGCGAUCGCGUCAUUGGCCAAAUUCGGAGACCUGAUCGAGUUCUCGUACCCGAUUGGCUACUCGCACUGGGGCGUGUACGAUGAGGACGGUCAUGUGAUCCACUUUGCUGUCGCAGAUGAGGGCCAGAUGAUGAACCACGUCCGCACCUCCAUCCAGUCCAUGUUCCCGCUCUGCGGCGACCUGUUGCUGGGCGCCACCCGCAUCCGCCGGGUGCCGCUGGGCGAGGUCACAGUUCCCAGCGGCGUCCACAUUCUGGUUAGCAACAACCGGCACGCUUUCACACCAUCCUCACCCGAGGAGAUGAGGCGGCGGCGCGACGCUCUGGAGGACGAGGAGCUCACCUACAAUCUCUUCUCGCUCAACUGCGAACACUUCUCCACAUUCGUGCGAUACGGGAAAGCUGUCUGCAACCAGAUUCCGACCAAGCCCAAAAACAAGGAGACAAAGUCAGCCACCAAAACCUUCCAGGACAUAGUUGACUCAAAAGUGACCAACAAAGACCCUUCCUAGUCACACACACUCUAAACGCGUAUAAACUUGUCUACAGUUAUAAUAAUAAUAAUAACAAAUCUGCUGACUUUUUUUUUUUUUUUUUUUAAUUUGUGAGGCAAAUGGUGGGGCAGUGACCACCAGAUCUAGCAGAUGAAGCUGUAGUGAAAUAAAGCUGGCUGUGCUGUCAUGUGCUUGUUUUUUUUUUUUUUUACUGGCCCCUACAGGACUGGAGUGGAACACAUGACGUUUAGGCUUGUUUGGCCUUGGCAGAGGUUCUUGUAUUUUUUUGUGUGUGUCAGUGGAGUGUUCACCUAAUAAAGUGGACACUGUGCAUAUGUUAAAGUAACCAGCAGCCUUUGGAGUCUGCAAACUUCUGCCAUUGUUUAAAGUGCCUCUGAUUAACCUCAAAUAAAGCGCAGAUGUUCUAGUAGGCUUUUCUUGACUUUUUUUUUUUUUUUUUUUUGCUUUCUAGCAGAAGCCUGAAAGUUUUGUGCUAUCACUAACAGUUACAUCCCAGACACUCUCUUCACUCUUAUCAACAGCCUCCCCAGUACGGUCUUCCUCUCCAUCCCCGAUGAACUGGUUACUCACUACAAUAAUAAUCUCCAUUACCUCCUCAACACACUUGCUCCAUUUAAAAACAGAUGUGUAGCCUUCACCACGACUGCACCCUGUUUCACCCCUCCACUGCGACAAUUAAAAUCCAGAGGUCGUCAAUUUAAAAGCCUCGUCAAGAAAACCGGGCCCGCUAUACACAAGGACACGUAUAAUCGUCCACGACAAAGACUGUUGAACUUAAGCCAACACUACGCAACCCCUAAUCCAUAAAAACAACGGCCUCAUAGCCUCGUCACUUCCCGGAUGGAUUAUUGCAACUCUCACCACUCUUCUCCAGAACUCUGUUUCCCGUAUUAUCAUGAGGACCCCCUCCACUUACCACAUCACUCCAUCCCGGCAACAACUCCACUAGCUUCUUGUCCAAUACAGCAUCAGCAAAUACUGAUCUGCACCUUGAAGGCCAUCAAUGACCUCGCCCCGCCAUAUCUUGCUGACCUCUUUCACGUUGCCAUACACUCCCGCUCUCUCAGGUCUUUGUCCUCCAUCCACCUCAUCGUCCCUUCAGCCGCUCUGCCCCCCCGUCUUUGGCAUCCACUACCACCUGAAACACAAACUUAUUAACCCUCUUCAAAUCCAAACUCAUGUCACAAAUUCCAGACUGCCGAUUCUAACAUUUCCCAUAUCAUUUGCCAUUUUAAUUGAUGUUUUAAGUUUUGUUCUUUUUAUUGUAUUGAUUGAUUUCUUUUAACUAUGUUUGUAUGGUGACCUUGAGUGGCUUGAAAGGUGCCUAUAAAUAAAAUGAAUUAU